UCGCUCUCAUCCUCAGUUGUGCUACAGUGCGUGUUCCACGCGCGACCUCAGGGGUCCCGUCACCGUCGCUCCCACCUGGCACGGUCGCGGAGGUGCGGGGCGUCGUUUCCCGAGCAGCGUGGAGAUGGUUCCAAGCACUUGCCAUCACUGAGUGUGCUGCGUUUGGUUUGCUUGCUUAUUGUCAUUUCCCAUGAGAACGAGAGCUCAGGAGUCCUAGGAAUUGAGUCCAGGUCCCUGACUGUCAGUCUGCCCUGUUGUCCCGCACGUGCUGGGGAAGUGGUGCCUCGUUGAAACAGAAUAUGUGGGAUGUUUCAGAACUCAGUGGUCUUUGCGGAUGUGGCUGUGAACUUCACUCAAGAGGAGUGGGCUUUGCUGGAUGGUGCUCAGAGGAAGCUCUACAGAGAUGUGAUGCUGGAGACCUUCAGGAACCUGGCCUCAGUGGCUUCUUGCACUCAAGCCAUCACCAGUGGAUCAAGCCCUGGGUGGGAAACCCUGGAGACUGAAAUAUCCAGUGAAGACAACAUAGUGAGAAUCACAAGAAAUGAUUCCUGCUCUGUUUCUGGAGAACACUGGACAUUUCAUGACACUGGUGACCAGUACCAAACCCAGGGGAGGCGUUUGAGAAGUCACGUGCUGGAGGCUCCCUGUGAGAAGGGUGAGGCUCAUCCAUGCAGAGACACCCUGAACUCAAUCACAGAUCUUCCUGUGGGGGAGGGACACCUGCCCGGAGUUAAACCCCGCGAGUGCGCUAAGUGUGGAAAAGCCUGCUCAAGUCAGCCAAGGUCUCCCACUGGAUGUGAACCUCAUCCCUGUGAGGAACAUGGACAAGCCUGCACGUGUGUCUCAUGUCCAAGCCCUCACGUGGAACCAGAGCGUGUGCACAAACCCUGUCACUGUGGGGACACUGGGAGAGCAUCUGAGAGAUAUGUGAAGAGCCUCAGUAAUACAAACUCCAUUGAGUGUCAGGAAUGUGGAAAAGUCUUCACUCUUGACUCCUCCUUUCGGGGACAUUUGAGAGGUCACUGUGGACAGAAAAUCCACAUGUGCAAAGUAUGUGGGAAAGCCUUUAUGUUUGGGUGCCACCUUAGACGACACGUGAGAAUGCACACUGGGGAGAAGCCCUAUGAGUGUAAGGAAUGUGGGAAAGGCUUCAGCUGUAACUCCUACCUACGAGAACACGUGAGGACGCACACGGGGGAGAAACCCUAUGUGUGUGAGCACUGUGGGAAAGCCUUCCGAUUUUACUCCUACCUUCGAGAACAUGGGAGGACGCACACGGAACACAGACCUUAUGAAUGUCAGCAGUGUGGCAAAGCCUUCCGGCACCUGUCCUCGCUGCAGUCGCAUGUGAGGACGCACACCGGGGAGAAACCCUACGCGUGCAAGGAGUGUGGGAGGAGUUUCCGUUGUCCCAAGUACUUUAGAAAGCACGUGAAAACGCACAGUGGGAGGAAACGCUAUGAGUGUGCGGAGUGUGGGAAAGUCUUCGAUUACUCCUCGUCCCUUCGGGAGCACGUGAGAACACACAGCGAAGAGAAGCCCUACGAAUGUAUGGAAUGUGGGAAGGUAUUCAGGGGUCCCUCCUCCCUGCAGAGGCACGCACGGAUGCACACCGGAGAGAAACCCUACAAGUGUCAGAAGUGUGGCAAAGCCUUCCGGCAUCACGCGUCCCUGCGAAGACACGGGAGGACUCACACUGGGUAGAAACUCUGAAUAUAGGGACUGUAUUUAGUUUUCCCUAAAGCUCUGUGAGGAAACACUGGAGAGAAACCGUAUGAGUGGAAAGUAGGUGGGAAAUUUUUAGAUCUUCACUCAUGUCGUGCAUGAAAACUCGGCUGCACAGAAGCCUUCUGUUGCAAAUAUAGUUUUCCCUGUAAGUGCCUCCCCCUGAAGAGGGGUCCCUGUGUGUUCAUUUCUAGUUUAUGUUACUGAUAGGGGCACUUAAGAUAGAAUUACUCCUCUAUGUCUGCCUCAUCUGUACUACAUACAUUUUGCUGUCUUUGACUUUAAUGAAUUGUAAGUUAUAUAAAACUUGUCUCACUUCCAUUGUAAUGUC